CUCUCUGCUGUAUUUCUGUCUGCCGAUCGUUGCGUCUCGUUUGCAAAAGUACGCUGCAGCUAUCAAAAUGAAAGGCUCCAUGAUGGACAACGUCAUUGGAUUCAUUGACGGCAGCAAUAUCGUGAUGUGUCGCAUCACGCAGAAGCGCUAUCGCGCGGGUAAUCAGCUGCCUGAUCUGCAUCGUUUGCUUUACAGUGGUCAUAAACGGCGGCAUUUUCUCAACUACCAAGCUGUUGCUGCACCUGACAGAUUGUGCGUUUACUUCUGGGGGCCGAUUGAAGGCUCUCGCCAUGAAACGACCUUGCUCCGCUUGAGCAAACUCGAAGAGUGUUUGGACAAAAAUCGAAGUAUAUUUGCUGGAUUUUUAAUUUACGGCAACCCUGCCUAUGGCGUGCUGGAUUGGAUUUGCUCGGUGUACAAGGUGAAUGAGUUGGACGCAAACAUCAAUUCUGCUAUAAGCAAAGUCCGCCAAUCU